AUGCCUCGCACGUCCACCAGAAGACGAAAAGAAGCAGCCGAGUACAGUAAAUCCGUUCGAAACAACACCACGAAGAAAGUUUCCGCACCGGUGGUGCAGCAAAAAAUGGACCUUUCUGUGGUCGACAAAGCUUAUGGUGAUUAUGCUGAUUUGUACGGCGACGUCUUGCGUGUAAGCGCCACUGCUACCCACGAACACAUUCAGUUGGCCUACUUUGAUCGACGAUCCGAACUCUUUACGCUGCUGGCCAAAAUUGACGCCAAGUCGCAAGAUGCUAGGACCGCAAAGGAGCGACGUCAAGCCGAACGCAAAAUGGAUUCCGUCGUCUUGGCAGUCCGCAUUCUAGGAGAUUCCGCUAGUCGAGAACAAUACGAUCAAGUACGGCAGACCCGUUUGCUCAAUCGUAGACGAUCCAAGCAAAAUCACUUUGAUGGAGACUACAGCAAGGUUAGCCGAAGGGCCACCUUUCAAGAAAAGCCAGUGACAACUGAGAUGAGAUAUGAAGAAGAGAAUUUGGAGGCACCACAACGUCGAAGUACCAGCAGAUCGAAGCCAUCUUCGAGUGCUAGAUCUUCUGGUCGGAGUCGAACGCCCAAGAAGAGUAGUUCGAGACGGGCAGUACCGGCCGAUGACUUGGAUGAAACUCUCAACACGUACGAGAUGACGGAUGAGGAAGCCGAUGCUGAUUUGGAUCGUUCGUACCUUUCGUAUGAAACGGACGAAUUCCGUCAGGACGAUACCACCGUGGGAAGUGGCACCAUUGGUACCAUGACCAUUGGUGAGACCACUGUUGGCAGUGGCACCAUUGAAACAAAUACUUUGGGGGAGGCAACUUUGGAUACUUACACUGUCAUCACCAUGGACGAGGACAAGGUUGAUCCAAAGCUUUUCUGUGGAAACGUUGACUUGGCCCGAAAGUUCCAAAAGGAAGUCAACGGGGCAUUCCAAGAUACAGUUGCUUCCUUUGACCAAGUCUUUAAUGCAUUCACACUAACGGAUAAGGAUAUUCGUGCAGUCACCAAGCGCAUUGAUAAGGCCAAGCGCCAGUUGGAUGACUAA